AUGAUUUUCUCCAAGACCAAAAAGCGACAGCAGCACGAUCCCUUCCACCGUACGUCAUUACUUGUUCGUUUCAGUUCUAAACAUCGUCUAAAAGCCAAUGCAUAUUUAUAUGAAGAACCAUUGAAGCGCAAAUCUCGUGCUCAGCAUUUAGUCAAGAAUAUUUCUCGAACGUAUAAUUCCCUAUGUCUAGCAGCCACAUUUAUCUUUCGACUCUUUGCUCAAAUCGAUCGAUUCACACGGGAAAUUUUUCUAUUCAUUGAAAAACUUAUUCAAAUUAUUCGUGUCAUUUAUGGGUGGAUUCAAAUGUUAAGAUCGAUCCUAUCAGCUAUCCACUUAAUUGUCAGUCGUCUAAUGAUUCUAAUCUCCAGUAUUCACCGACUAUUUCAGUUAUUAACCUUGUUAUUUCAACCAUUUUCAAAUGGUCAAUUUAAAAAUGCAGUACGAUCAUUUUCAUGUUUCUUAUUUCAUUACUACUCGUCGAAUGGUGCUUGUUAUACCUUACACGCACGAACACGUCACAUUGUUCGUACGGUAAGACAACGAUGGAGAAGAAAGUGUGCUGAUGUCGAUAACGAAGAAGAAGAAGAAAUUUUUCACGAUGCAAUCAGUGAUGAGUAUGAAUGGUUUUAA